CGUAGCCCGUGCAGGAGCCCACAGCAGGGUCUGCACACCUCCUGACCUGAAAGCUCAGACAAAAAAAAAAAAAAAAAAAAACCCUUUCCAUCAAGCAAUCCCUCGCACACACACUGGGAACGAGGUAGCCACCAGACUCUGCUAGGAUAGGCUCCAUCCAUCCGUCGCUCACACUUGGAAAGGAUGAAGGAUCUGUGGUUUUCUCUAGAACUUCUGCUGGUGGUGUCAGCGGCUUGCGCGCUCGCCGGGGAUGGAGCCGGCGCGUCCCCGUCACCGCGGGACACGAACCUGAGCGGCGCCGCGUCCACCUCCGGCUUCCACACGAACUCCACGGAUGGGGCCAAAGCCAGGAGAAGACGAUACAUUUCCCAGAAUGACAUGAUCGCCAUCCUAGACUACCACAAUAAGGUCCGGGGGAAGGUGUUCCCUCCGGCUUCCAACAUGGAGUACAUGCUGUGGGAUGACAGUCUUGCCAACUCAGCAGAAGCCUGGGCAGCGACUUGUCUCUGGGAUCAUGGGCCGCAGUACCUUCUGAGGUUCCUCGGCCAGAACCUUUCUGUCAGAACAGGCCGCUACCGGUCGAUCCUCCAGCUCGUGAAGCCAUGGUAUGACGAGGUGAAGGACUAUGUGUUUCCGUACCCACGUGACUGCAACCCACGGUGUCCACUGAAGUGUUACGGACCCAUGUGCACGCAUUACACGCAGAUGGUGUGGGCUACGUCGAACCGAGUUGGAUGUGCCAUUCAUACGUGUCAUAAUAUGAAUGUGUGGGGAUCUGUGUGGAAGAGGGCAACGUACUUAGUCUGUAACUACUCACCCAAGGGAAACUGGAUCGGAGAAGCUCCCUACAAAGUGGGCGUCCCGUGUUCGGCGUGCCCUCCAAGCUACGGCGGCUCGUGCAGCAACAACAUGUGCUUUCCUGCUGUGAACUCAAACUACCUGCACUGGUUCAAGUAAACCCCACGCACAAGCGAACAACCCCGUCGCAGAGACAUUUGUCCACAGAUUUGCACAACAUCCCUCCUUCACUCUGAUUUGUAUAUAUGGGCCUAUUUAAAGUAUGACCACACUCUGAAAUGGCAGCAAAUAAUAUUUGGA